AUGCGAGCGGUGAAGGUGCCUCCGAACUCGGCCUCGCUGGAGGAGGCGCGGCACCGCGUAUUCGAUUUCUUCAAGCAGGCAUGCCGCUCCAUCCCCACCAUCAUGGAGAUCUACAACCUCGACGACGUUGUCACGCCCUCGCAGCUCCGCUCCACCAUCGCUAAGGAGAUCCGCAAGAACCAGAACGUUACCAACCCCAAGGUUAUUGAUAUGCUUCUGUUCAACGGGAUGGAGGAACUGAACAACAUAGUUGAACAUGCAAAGCAGCGCCACCAUGUGAUUGGGCAGUAUGUGAUCGGCCAAGAGGGCCUGGUGCAUGAGCUUGGGUCAAAGGAUCAAGGGAACUCUGACUUCCUGAAGAAAUUCUACACAAGCAAUUACUUCUGA